UAUAUUCGGUAACCUACUCACAUUAGUUGGAAUUUACAUAUACGUGUCCUAAAACUUAUGGUUUAAUGUUUCAUUCUUUCAUUUGUAGCUACCUAUAUUGUGUGUUGAAAAAAACAAAAAUGGUAGAUAUGGUUGGAUUUCUGGACAAUACAGAUGUUGGUGCCAUUGGGUGUGGCAGUCCAAUUGAGCGUUCCCGUGCUAUCGCCGAUAGGCUAAAACGAGCAAAGCGUGGUCAGAUUAUUUUGGUGCCAUAUAACUCUGGAUGUCAUUGGAUGCUGACUGUACUCAGUCCUGAAGAAGACAUUGUCUACUUCAUGGAUCCAUUAAAGAGGAGACUCUGCACAGGAGAGUGGAAGAAUAUUGUUGAUAAUGGCAUCAAAAUACAUAAUGCUCAACUCAAGAGGCAAGGCAGAAAGGCAACUACUUGGAAAAACUGUGCGGGUAUUCCGGAGCAAAAGACGGACAAAGACUGUGGAUAUUAUGUAAUGAGAUAUAUGAAGGAAAUAGUGGAAGAUAAGAGCUUAGAUUUUUUCACCAAGUGGGAGAGAAGAGGCAAAGCAGCAUAUACCCAGGAAGAUAUUGAUGUGGUCAGAAAUGAGUGGGCAAAGUUUAUUGUGAAGACAUAUAUGUAAGCAUUGUGCUUGGUACUUAUGGAGCUAUAUCUUCUUUUUUAGUUGAGUUGAAACUUUGUUCUAUGGAUUU